CCUUAAUCGCCACCGCUUUGCUUCGCUUUCUGUAUGACAGAGCACCUGAGCUGCAGUUCGUGGUAGACUGUUGUCACAACAAGAUAAUAAUUAAAGUGAAAACAGCCACGGGAAUCAAAAAUGGUGACUGUUUUUGGAAUGUACGUGUAAUGAGCGAGAAACUGCAGCGGUAUACAUAUUAAACAAGAGUUGACAGGUAGCAGAAACGCGAGCCCCCGCAUUGUGGCAACGGAGUGAAGGCUGUGAAAUCGUACUUUCCAAAACUUGAGUUUGAUGCCAUUCUCUUCCAUUUGGUAACGGAAGUCUUCUGGAACUUUGACCACACUUCAUUUUUCAUAUUGUAAGCUAACUGACAAUGACAGAGCAGAGACAGCGUUCCCUUUCAACAUCAGGUGAGACACUGUACCGUGUGCUGGGGCUAGACAAGAAUGCCACAUCAGAUGACAUCAAGAAGUCAUACAGAAAGCUUGCACUGAAGUACCACCCAGACAAGAACCCAGAUAAUCCAGAGGCUUCUGAGAAAUUUAAAGAAAUCAAUAGUGCACAUGCGAUUCUGACUGAUGCCACAAAACGAAAUAUAUAUGACAAAUAUGGAUCACUGGGUCUUUAUGUUGCAGAACAGUUUGGUGAAGAAAAUGUCAACACAUACUUUGUAUUGUCAAGCUGGUGGGCAAAGGCACUAUUUGUGUUCUGUGGCCUCAUCACAGGCUGCUACUUCUGCUGCUGUCUCUGCUGCUGCUGCAAUUGCUGCUGUGGGAAAUGUAAACCUAAACCUCCAGAGGGAGAGGAUCAUGAAUAUUAUGUUUCACCAGAGGAUCUGGAAGCACAGCUACAGUCUGACGAGAGGGAUUCUGGAGAAACACCAGUUGUUGUACAGCCAGCAUCAGCCACAGAGACCACACAGCUAACAAGCGACUCCCAUCCCAGCUACCACACUGAUGGCUUUAACUAAACCAGCAAAACAAAAUACUUCUAUUUUCAGUGAUGAAAAAUUAGGAAUGUUCAGUUUAAGACUGAAUUCAUUAAUAACAACAGUGACUGAAUGAAAGACAGAAAGGCAGAAGGAAGUACAUUGUGUCCCAGCAGAGGGAGGACACAGCCACAGACAUUCAAAGAAUAUGUUGAUAUUUGUUGGGCCUACCAGACUGUAAUACUUUUCAUAACACUAACAAACACAUGUGCGUCUAAGUGCUGUAGCAUGCAGUAUUAAAAGCAGUUUUAGUGAGAGUUUAA